AACAUGGGAUAAAGCUCCAAGUUCCAAGUGUACAGCAUUGGCCAAAAUCUCCCAAUCUUUUUGAAAUCCUCCCUUUAACCGAGGUGCGCAUCAACUACUCAGGCAAUCCCCGCGCCGAAGAACCCUUGAGAGAUGGCCAUGGCUACACAAAACCCUGUGGUUCAGAAGAAAGUCAUAAUACCAAACAAAUAUGGCGAAAAACUCGUGGGCAUAUUGCAUGAAACUGAAUCUCCGGAUAUCGUAAUCUUAUGUCAUGGUUUUCAGUCCACAAAGGAAGAUGAUACCAUGGUGAACCUUGCUGCUGCAUUGGAGAAUGGAGGAUUUAGUGCCUUCCGCUUUGACUUCGCUGGAAAUGGGGAAAGUGAAGGUUCAUUUCAGUUUGGUAACUAUUGGAGAGAGGCUGAUGACCUACGUUCUGUAAUCCAACACUUUUCUGAAGCCAACCGUACAAUAAGGGCAAUUCUUGGGCAUAGUAAAGGAGGCAAUAUUGUGCUACUUUAUGCUUCUAAAUACCAUGAUAUCUCCACGGUUGUCAAUGUUUCUGGCCGUUAUGAUCUGACAGAAGGCAUUGUAGAACGCCUGGGGAAAGAUGUUAUGCAAAGAAUCAAGGAGGAUGGAUUCAUAGAUGUAAAGAAUAAAACAGGAAGUGUUAAUUUUCGGGUGACUGAGGAAAGUUUACUGGAACGACUAAGUACAGAUAUGCACGAAGCAUGUCUUCAUAUUAGCAAAGAAUGCAGGGUCUUGACUGUUCACGGAACUGAAGAUCAGAUCAUCAGUAGUUCCGAUGCAGAAAAGUUUAGCAAGAUCAUACCGAACCACAAAUUACAUAUUAUAGAAGGAUGUGAUCAUGGAUACACUCACUAUCAAGGAGAUCUGGCAUCAGUUGUUUUGGAUUUUAUAAAGGGAGCUUCUUCAGCGCAACAAGGUUCCACUAGCUAAAUACUUCUGUACCCACCAGGAUAUCUAGAAUAAUAUGAAGGCAACAUCAGAUCUUACAGAUACAUAUAUAUAUAUAUAUAUAUAUAUAUAUAUGGAGAGAGAGAGAGAGAGAGAGAGAGAGAGAGGGAGAGAGAGAGCUUUUCUAAGCUUGUAAUAAUGUUGAAUUAACUGUUACUGCAACUGCAAGUGUGUGGUAAAAUGUGAUUGAACUCUACAUUGUGCCUUUUCUUUUAGACAGUCAUGACCUGUGUAUUAGGCGAGGGUUGUGUUGAGUUACUAGGUAGUUGUAAUUUCAGCUGAAAAGGCCAAUUUGUGUUCUUGGGUUGUCAUCUGGGGAGCGGCUCAAGUAUAUAUGACAUAUUCAAGAGCACCGCAUAUACAUGCUAGUUUAGUGAUAGCCAGCAUGUUAAAAUUGAUCGAAUGGUUAAAACCCGCUGCAUUUAAAGCUGAGAGGAGCAGCGUGAGGAUUUUUAACCAUUCGAUCAAUUACAAGAAGCGUGGCAUCCUAUCAUUUAAAUCAGAGCGGAUGCAGGUCGAACUUUUGUUGAAGGGGAGCCUCUUCCCAUAUUCUGUUGCUUGAAUUGUUAAGAACUUCAUAAUGAGAGACCUCUUUAUCCCUUUUGUGUGGAAGAGGAUUGUGGGAUUGUUCAGAUUAACCAGUGUUCUUUGUCCAA